AUGAUCAAGAAGAAGACUGCUACUGGUGCUGUUGCUGCUGUCCCAGCUUUCGAUUCUAGAACUAAAUGGCCACACUGUGUUCACCCAAUCAGAAAUCAAGAACAAUGCGGUUCUUGUUGGGCUUUCUCUGCUUCUGAAGUCUUGUCUGACAGAUUCUGUAUUGCUUCUGGCGGUAAGGUUGAUGUUGUCUUGUCUCCUCAAUACAUGGUUUCUUGUGACUCUACUGAUUAUGGUUGUGAUGGUGGUUAUUUGAACAAUGCUUGGGCUUUCCUUGCUGGUACUGGUAUUCCAUCUGAUAAGUGUGCUCCAUAUACCUCUCAAAAUGGUGAUGUUGCUGCUUGUCCAAGCAAGUGUCAAGAUGGUUCAUCUGUCAAGCUCUACAAGGCUAAGAACCCACAACAAUUGAACGAUAUCCCAUCCAUCAUGGAAGAUAUGCAACAAAAUGGUCCAGUUCAAGCUGCUUUCUCUGUUUAUAGAGAUUUCAUGUCCUACAAGUCUGGUGUUUAUCAUCACGUCUCUGGUUCCCUCUUGGGUGGUCACGCCAUCAAGAUGGUCGGUUGGGGUGUUGACUCUGCUACUAACAAGCCAUAUUGGAUUAUUGCUAACUCAUGGGGCCCAUCUUGGGGUUUGAACGGAUUCUUCUGGAUCUUGAGAGGUUCUGAUGAAUGCGGUAUUGAGGACAAUGUCUGGUCUGGUCAAGCUCAACUCUAA